UGUAGGCAGCUGGGCGGAGCUAAGCUGAGUCCGCUCCUGUGAAGUCAGCUGGAUGUAGCAAGCCUGGUGGAGGAAGAGCUUUCUGAGUCUAAAGAUGGAUUUUAAAAUUGAACACACUUGGGAUGGUUCUCCAGUGACGCACAAACCAGUGUUUGUCAGGCUGAACCCAGGUGAUGGAGGAGUGAUGUUGAAAGUCAGUGCUCCAUUUUUCAAUGAUCCUCCAGCCCCGCUUGGAGAACCAGGAAAGCCUUUCAAGGGACUGUGGGAUUAUGAAGUUGUAGAAGCAUUUUUCUUGAAUGACAUAACCGAACAGUACUUAGAAGUUGAACUUUGCCCCCAUGGACAACAUUUGGUGCUUUUAUUAUCUGGAAGAAGAAAUGUAUGGAAACAAGAACUUUCUCUAUCAUUCGAAGUGUCCAGAGGAGAGACAAAAUGGGAAGGCAGAGCUUAUCUUCCUUGGAGUUAUUUUCCACCAAAUGUGACAAAGUUCAAUUCAUUUGCAAUUCAUGGAUCUAAAGAUAAAAGAAUCUAUGAAGCUCUUUACCCUGUACCUCAGCAUGAACUGCAACCAGGACAAAAACCUGAUUUCCACCGUCUGGAAUACUUCAAGCCUUUCAGUUUUAACACACUGCUUGGAGAAGAAUGGAAACAACCAGAAUCUGACCUGUGGCUAACAGAGAAACCUGAUGCAUAGGAGUAUAGUAGAU